AUGAUAGACAACGAGGUAUCCACUUCUCCACACGCACCUCCUCCAUUCCACGAUUCCGAAGGUGAUCCCGUCCCAUCAUACCAACGCAUAAACCGAAACCCAGAAACGCUCGCCAGAUACCUCUUCCGUUUAGGUUUCAUAUUUCCCUUCUUCUGGAUGCUCGCUGCCACCAUCAUUGUUACCGACCUCGUUCCUACUUCAUACACUCCCAUCGCUGGGAAAAGCCCCGAAGAGCAACAAGAAGAGAUUGAAGUUCACCGUGCCACUGAACUGAAAUGGGCAUGGAGAUCGGUUUAUGCGUUGGGAGGGUGGAUCAUUUUGGCCAUCAUUAUCUUGGGUAUCAUGCGUGCCACUCAUACUGGGUUCUUCGCUUCGUGA